CACGUGUUCUCCUCUCUUGGAAUCCCUCAAAACCCUCUCUUUCUCUCUUUCUUUGCUCUCCUCACUCUUCUUCUUGUUUUCUCUCUUUCCCAUUUUUUUUCCCCUGAAAAAAGGGCUCAAGAAUUUGCCGGAGGAAGGACCCAUUUCUGGGGGAGCUGUUUUGACUCCCCAGAUCUGCCUCUCGAAGGAAAAUGGGUUUACUUUCACGCAAGUUAGCCCCUGCAUGUGAGAGUAUGUGCAUAUGCUGUCCUGCUUUGAGGUCCCGAUCUCGGCAACCUGUUAAGCGAUACAAGAAGUUGUUGGCUGACAUUUUCCCCAAAUCACCAGAUGGCUCUGCAAAUGGAAGGAAAAUCAUGAAACUAUGUGAAUAUGCAGCAAAAAACCCCUUCCGCAUCCCAAAGAUUGCAAAGUGUCUUGAAGAAAGGUGCUACAAGGAGCUGCGUAGUGGACACACAGAAUCAGUCAAUGUUAUUGCAGAUGUUUACAAUCAGUUGCUUUGCAUGUGUAAAGAAAAAAUGGCAUGUUUUGCGAACAAUCUGUUGAAUAAUAUUGUUGAAAUGCUGGAUUCUGCCAAAACAGAUGCCAUCAAGAUUAUCGGUUGCCUGACCUUUACUAAGUUUAUCUACAGUCAGGUAGAUUUAACGUAUACAUACAACAUAGAAAACCUGGUCCAAAAAGUAUGUGCAUUAGCUCGGGAGACUGGUGAAGAUCAUCAAAAGUGCUGUUUGAGGGCAUCCAGUUUGCGGUGCCUUUCAGCCAUGGUAUGGUUCAUGGCUGAGUUCUCUCAUAUUUUUACUGAUUUUGAUGAGAUUGUACAUGUUACUUUGGAUAAUUAUGAGCCAGAUGCCUAUAAUGAAGAUGACGAUAGAGGGGAAGCACAUCAUAAUUGGGUGGAUGAAGUUAUUCGAUCUGAAGGAAGAGAUAUUGGGAAUGAAAAUAGACCCAGCCAUCUAGUUAGAAAGCGCCCUGUCAAAAGGGAUCUUGCUCUAUUGACGAGAGAAGAGAUUGAAAUGCCAAAAGUAUGGGCACAAAUAUGUAUUCAGAGGAUGGCUGAUCUAGCAAAAGAGAGUACAACAAUGCGAAGAGUUUUAGAUCCUAUUUUUAUCCACCUUGAUAACAACAAACAAUGGGUACCCUUGCAUGGAUUAGCAUUUGUGGUUAUGUCUGAUAUUUCAUACUUUGUGGAAAACUCAGGGAAUCACCAGUUGGUUCUAACAGGCAUGAUCCGACAUUUAGACCACAAAAAUGUAGCACACGACUCUCAGCUCAAGUCAUUUGUCAUUCAAACUGCCACUGCACUAGUUCGUCAAAUGCGAGCAGGGGGUACAUGUUUAGAUAUCGGGUUUGUCACUGACUUGUGCCGGCACUUGCGUAAAAGUCUUCUAGCAACUGUGGAUCUGGACGGGGAGGAGUUGAACUUAAAUCUUACACUUCAGACCUCCAUUCAAGAAUGCUUACUUGAAACCGCCAAAGGGAUUUUAGAUCUGCGUCCCCUGUUAGAUAUGAUGGCGAUGACAUUGGAGACGCUUCCAUCCCAUAAAAUAGUUGCCAGAGCAACAAUGGGGUCAUUAAUCAUCCUUGCACAUACGAUCUCAAUAGCAUCAUUGUCCUCUAAUUUUCAGCAGGUGUUCCCUGAGGAGCUUUUUAUUCAGCUUUUAAGAGUGAUGCUUCAUCCCAAUGUUGAAAUACGUAUUGAUGGGCACCAUAUCUUUUCUGCUUUACUUGUAACAUCCUCUAACUAUAUGAGACAUGAUGCCCCAAGUCAUACGAGGAGAUGCAAUUCAAGUGGGACUUCUACAUUCUUCUCAAUUACUGCUCUACUAGACAAGCUAUGCAGAGAAAAAGAUGCCUCUAAAUUAAGGGAUGACUCUAGCAUUCAAGCUGGUUUUAAAGAGAGUAACAGUGUUGAAGAAGAUCGGAAGCAGGAGUGGGCACACCGAACAUCUCCUAGUAUUCAAAAAAUAAAUUCUAUCCUUGACCGUACAGUUGCAUCGGCUAGCUUAACUGAGACAGAACAAUCAACUUUGAAGCUUAAUGAUGAUCAAAUUACCCAGUUGCUAUCUGCCUUCUGGAUACAAGCUAAUAUGCCAGAUAAUCUGCCUGUUAAUGUUGUAGCAUUUACUCAAUCUUUCUGCCUCACUGUCAUUUCCUUGCGGCUUAGGUUGUUGCAGCUCGGCGAAAGUCAGCUCGUGGUUCGCUUUUUCCAGUUUCCCCUAUCUCUCGUCAAAAUUGCCUUAGAUCCUAACGGAACCUUGCCUCCAGCAUACCUUAGAUCACUUCUAUUAUCAUCAACUGCAAUGUUGGCAAUUGUGGCUAAAACAUACCAAGUAUCUGACUUGAGUAGUUUAGUUAAACCAUUGAGGGACCGUGAUGCUGACCCCUUUUUGGGUAUUGGUGAUGACUAUCAAUUAUACAUGAGGCCUUGCACAGACUUUAUAGAAUAUGGUUCCACUGCUGAUAAUCAAGCUGCUGCUGCGUACCUCUCUGAAGUACGAUCCAAAACCAUUUCAUCACUUGACAUUAUACAGAGUACUCUAGCUGAAAGAUUGUCUAGAAUUACUGAGUAUGAGGCAGAUGAUCUAGUGAAGCAGAUAUCAGAAGGUUUUACUCCUGAUGAUUCUUUCCUGUUUGGACUACAAUCGAUGGUUGACGUGGAUCACAUACAGGUUCUCGCACAUUCCGGGGAUUCUCCUUCAUUUGAUGACAGGGAUUUCCCAACAAACUCACCCGAGGAAGAUGAUAAAAUUAGUGAAUCGUCGGUUGAUGUUACCCGCUUCAUGCCAACAUCUCCAUCGCCUUUCUCUUCUCGUAUUGUCAAUAUUGGGCAACUUUUGGAAUCAGCACUUGAGGUAGCUGGUCAAGUUGCUGGCACAUUUGUCUCCACUUCACCUCUCCCGUAUGGUGCCAUGGCUAGUCAGUGUGAAAGUCUAGGCAUAGACACAAGGAAGAAGCUCUCUAAUUGGUUGGCUCAUGAAAACCAUUAUACUAAAGCUUCGGAUAUAUUUCUUCCAGCCGUUCCUAGAAAUGGACUAUUAACUGCUGAAAAGGUAAUCAAUGAAGACACGGCUAUUGAUGAUCUAGUGGGGGCAAAGGAGCCGGGGUUAGCUCUUAUUAGGUUACCUCCAGCCAGUCCUUUCGACAACUUCCUCAAAGCAGCUCGAGGUUAGGGAGUUUCUUGGCCAUGGAUGGUUUCUCAUUGUCUGUAAAGAGUAGAUGAGGAGUUCAAAUCAUAGCAGGCACAUUUGCUCCAUGAAUUCUUUGUUGCAUCUUAGUGUAUAUUGGCUUAGGCUUAAUUAUUUUUGAACAUCAUUGUUGUAAACCUAGUACUAUGCAGCUAUUGUAAACACAUCUGGUGUAGUGGCUUUGGACUUGCCAAGUAGGGAGUAAUUAUGGUUAUUAUGGGAUGUAAGACAUGGUUGUGACUAGUGCAAGUGUUUGACAUUGUACCUCUUAUCCUUAAAUCCCCCCCCGGACGGGCCCGGGUACAAGCGUGGAAGGAGGUGAAUUGAAACUUUUAUCUUAGACUGGUCAAUAGAGUGGGAUU